UGGCCUACACACCCAGUCCUCCCACGCAGACAGCGAAUACCACCACUCGAAGUCAUCACACUGAUGCAGAAGCGAUGCAAGACACUCGACGGAUGGAAGAGAAAGAAAGUCAGAGAGAACAAACUCGAUCAGCGACAAAAUUUCUAUUGGCUACUCCAGCCGUUGUCUGUAAACAAACGACAGAGAGGUGAAGAGGAGGACAAAGACGAAGGAGGAAGGAGAUGCCGAAGCAGCAGCAAAGUAAACGACGAGGUCGUUACAUCAAGUGAAACGUCAUCCGAAAAAGAUCUUUCUCCCCCAGGUAGCAGUCCACGUCAAUACAACACAAUGACAUUGUCGAGGAUCGACGUGUCGUCUCAUUUCUCAAGAAACGACGACGGAAGAAUUCGCGGAGGAUCUGCUACGCGUUUCAUUCGUGAUUUGUUACGUCACCGACUGACUUGUGUUAGACUGUCAAACGGAGACACAACACAAGAGAGAGUGAACAGACAGCGAGCCAAUUAUAGACUCAAGUUUUCCGAACGGCAAAAAUGUUAUUCAAAAGGUUCGAGCAAAUCUUGUUCAAGCGACCAGCAAAGGAAAGAUGUAUACGACUCUGAUUACGUCGAGACGACAACCACAAAGGGAAGUUCGGAUUCUAACAGUGGUAUUGAGCAUGCGCGAGAGUGGCUCUCUCUGGUGCGCACGGAACCGGUGACGUCAGACGCGAGCACUUCCGUCUCGAAGGCAUCGCCGUUUGCGAAGCAAACCUAUCACUGUCUGCAGAUAUCGAGUUUAAAGGGUCGUUCGGAAGUCUUCCAACUUGCUAGAAAGGAGAAGAUGAAGUGUCUAGAUGCUGACGAGUUUUUCAGAUGGGAGACACUCAAGAAAGUCGGAGUAUACGGGAUAGCAGGAGACCUCAAGUAUACAAUCAGACAAGAAAUAGCUCGACAAUUCUCAAGAUCUAGAGCUGACAUUGACCGCAAUACUCAACGAAAACCGGCACAGAAAAAGCAAACGAAAUACUAAACUUUUGAAAGAGCUAGGUAAAGAACAAUUUUUUAAAAUUUUAGUAGAUUACUGAUUUGAAUAACCAUUAUUGUUACUAAACACGUAGCAAAACUUUGAUUGUGUGCUAUAAUUAAUUAAUACUGUUCUA